AUGGAAAAAGCACCCCAUCUAGCCAUUCUACCCAGCCCAGGCAUGGGUCACCUCAUCCCAUUGGUUCAAUUUGCCAGACGACUCAUCCUAAGAACCCAACACAAUCUCUCCAUCACCUUCAUCAUCCCAAAUGAUGGUCCUCUAUCCAAAUCCCAAUCUGCAUUUCUUGAUUCACUUCCAAAACCCAUAACCUAUCUCCUCCUCCCUCCUGUCAAUUUCGACGAUUUGCCUCCCGAUGCCAAAAUCGAGACCCGAAUCAGCCUCAUGGUCACCCGAUCCCUCCCUUCGCUUCACCAAAUCUUCAACACCUUAAUUGCAGAUAAAACCAUUGUUGCUUUGUUUGUUGAUCUGUUUGGGACAGACGCCUUUGAUGUUGCCAUUCAGUUCGGUGUCCCCACUUAUAUUUUCUUUCCAGCAUCAGCCAUGACUUUAUCUCUGUUGCUUCAUUUGCCAAAACUUGAUCAAAUGGUUUCUUGCCCGUUUAGGGACUUACCCGACCCGGUUCAGAUACCCGGGUGCAUACCGAUUUAUGGUAAAGACCUUCUUGACCCUCUUCAGGAUAGGAAUAAUGAUGCAUACAAAUGCCUUUUGCAUAAUGCAAAGAGGUAUAUGAUGGCUAAGGGUAUUGUGGUAAACAGUUUCAAGGAGUUGGAGGGUGGAGCCAUUGAAGCUUUACAAGCGGAGCAACCGGGUAAGCCGCCGGUUUACCCUGUUGGUCCCUUGAUACAAACUGGGAUGGCUGAGUCAAGUAGGGAUGUAGACAAGUCUAACUCUUUAAAAUGGUUAGAUGGUCAGCCAUGUGGGUCUGUUUUGUACAUAUGUUUUGGGAGUGGUGGGACCCUUUCUUCUGAUCAAGUCACUGAGUUAGCUAUGGGUUUGGAGUUGAGUGAGCAGAGGUUCCUUUGGGUGGUUAGAACCCCAAACGAUAAAGUAACCAAUGCCACAUACUUCAAUGCUCAUAGCCAUGAGGACCAUUUUGACUUUUUGCCAAAAGGGUUCUUGGAAAGAACUAAAAAUCAAGGGCUUGUGGUGCAUUCAUGGGCACCACAAGCCCAGAUCUUGAGCCAUGGUUCCAUCGGUGGGUUCUUGACCCACUGCGGUUGGAGCUCCACUCUUGAGACCAUAGUUCAUGGUGUACCGAUCAUUUGUUGGCCAUUGUAUGCCGAACAAAAGAUGAAUGCACAAAUGCUGACAGUGGGUUUGAAGGUUGGGUUGAGGGCUAAGACGAACGAAAGUGGGAUCGUGGAUCGUGUAGCGGUUGCUGGGGUUGUGAAGGGCUUAUUUGAAGGAGAAGAAGGAAAAGGGAUCCGGAUCCGGAUUCAAGAGCUUAAAGAAGCAGCGGCGAAUGUGCUGAGCAAAGACGGGUAUUCUACGAAGACGCUUGAUCAGUUAGCUUCGAUCUUGAAAAACGAUGUUUAG